ACGACCCGUUAGGCUGUCCGUCAACUUGACUGUGAGAGCUGGGGCUAAAGACGGAGGAUAUCAGUGGAAAUACUUGAAUUAAAUGAGUCUGACAAGCUUCCAAUUCAAAGGCAUACACUCAUAAACAUCGAGGGGGUAUGCGUUUAUGCGAAGAGGAUGCAGAGUCACACAGCUGAGCCCUGCGUGAACGUCUGAGGGAAUCAUGAUACCAGAGGCCACAGCUGCAGCUGCAUCCAGGUCCUCAGAGCAGAAUAAGAGCUCUCGUGCCAAGGCGGACUCCUCUGAAGCCGUCGGUCACUCAGAGGAGGACUCUGGGAACGAGAAUAGGCGAAAGAGUGUGAGACGAAGGAGACGAACACACGAGAGCUCCGAGAAUGUCAAGUGCAAAAGUCCCAAAGCCAGCUGCAGUGGCGCGAGGAGAACAGGAAGAGGACACGGCAAACAGAAGCACGUGGAGGCCGUCACCUUGUUUGAAGUGAUCACCAUGGGCAGGAGUGCCAUGCAGGCGGUGAUAGAUGACUGGAUUGAGGCGUAUGGGUCAGACAGAGACUCCUCUCUCCUCGACCUCAUCAGCUUCUUCAUCCAGUGCUCUGGGUGCAAAGGUGUCGUCACAGCAGAGAUGUGUCAGAGCAAAGAGGACAGCGAAGUCAUGAGCAAGAUGGUCGAGGAGCUGGAUGAGACUGCUGGUCUGCAGUAUAAGAAGUUUCUGGCUUUUCCGUGGAUCCUCACAGUCACGUGGCCCAUGGAUACAGACAGUGUUGAGUAUCCUCUGGUGCAGUCUGGACCGUACGGCCGCUGGUUUCACUCCGAGUUCUGCGACUUUGUGUCAGUGCUGGUGGCUCAGUGUCAGCACAGCAUCAUCUUCGACGGCUACCUGAUGAACACCCUCAUCUCGCUGCUCACCGAGCUGUCAAACUCUUACGUGCGAGCGUUCAGACACACCUGCACACUAGCGGCGGUGAAGCUGUUGAGCUCUCUGGUGGGCGUGGCUCUCACCCUGAGCGCUGGGAUUGAAAACAGUCAGAAGCUGUAUGAGGUGCAAAAAACAAAGACGAUGAGGCAGAAGAGCGCGCAGCAGCUGGAGAAAGUACAGAAGAAGAUCGCAGAGUUGCAGGAGAAGCGAGCAGAGAUCGAGAGCAUGAUGGACAUCAUCUUCAAGGGAGUUUUCCUUAAGCGAUACCGUGAUGUGCUUCCAGAGAUCCGCUGCGUCUGUAUGGAGGAGUUGGGUUUGUGGAUGAAGCUCUACAGUUCUGUGUUUCUCAGCGACAGUUACCUCAAAUACGUGGGCUGGAUGAUGCAUGACAAGGUACCAGAUGUGCGUCUCAAGUGUGUGUUAGCUCUACACGGUCUGUACGGAGAUCCCCUCUUCCUGCCUAAACUAGACCUGUUCACCAGCCGCUUUAAGGAGCGGAUUGUCUCCAUGACCCUGGAUAAGGACAGUGAAGUGUCAGUGCAGACCAUGAAACUCCUGGUGCUCAUCUCCAAGACAUCUGACGAUGUGCUCACUCCAGAGGACUACAAACACCUCCUCCAGUUUGUUUACUCUUCGCAGCGCCCUCUUGCGGCCACUGCGGGGGAGCUGCUCUUCUCAAGGCUUCUCAAUGCUGUAGCCCCAGCAUCUGAUACUCAGGAUGGAUCGAAUGAAGAGGAAGCGUGUAAGCAGCAAACAUUUGCCAGACUGAAGGCUCUGCUGCACUUCUACCAGGAAUCUGAGCUGCACAAUCACGUAGUGUACUUGGUGGACAGUCUGUGGGACUGCGGUGGAGCUUUGCUGAAGGACUGGCCCUCCUUCACGUCUGCACUGCUACAGGACUCUUCCUCAUGCAGUCCAGGUUUCACCCUAGCUGAACAAGCAGUGCUUGUAGAGAUCCUGGUAGCGUCGGUGCGUCAGGCCUCAGAGGGACCAGUGCUGGCAGGGAGGAGUGGAGCGAAGAAGGUAAUGAGUGCCAGAGAUAAGAAGAUUCAGAACGAUGACUGUUUGAAGUUCACCGAACAUCUACUGAUGGUGCUUCCAAAGCUGCUGUCUAAGUUUUCAAGUAGCAGUGACAUCCUUGCCUCCCUGAUGAGGAUUCCUCAGUACUUCCUCCCAGAGUGUCCGCACGCUGAAAACACACAGGCGGCGUCCAGCCUGUUGACAGAACUGGAAGCUGUUUUAGACGUCCACUCAGGCCCGGCUGUUCUGGAGGGAGGGGCCCGCGCGUUCCUCUCCCUUUGUAGCGAGGAGACAGCCUGGUGCUCCCCUGCCCAAGCUGCUAGAGACUCUCUGGUCCAGCGUUGGGUGGACCGACUGAAAGCACUGCUGGGGGAAUCGCUCAAGGGCGACAGUUUCUCUGCUGAUGAGGAGAAAAUCAGAGAGAUUUUAGCCAUGCUGAAGAAACUUAGAGCUUUCAACAAUUGCCAUGACCUGAGCCAGUGGGGUCUGUUUGAUGUGCUGUCUCCUCUCCUGUCAGUAGAGAGCAGCCUGGAAGGAGCUCCACCUGAGGUGCUGCUGGAAGUACUGCAGUGUUUGUCCUUUUCCAUGAUCUGGUCGCUCAGCACCAGCAGUCAAACUCUGACCUGCAGGGAGAAGGCGCAAGCCCAGAGGCUCCAGCUGCGUCUCUUCUGCGAGAGAAGUCAUCACUGUCUGUCCCACGGUGACCUCAGUGUGAGGCAGCAGGCCUUCCUGGGCGUGUGUGACGUCCUGACGGCUCACUCGUACCAGCUACACGUGUGGGAUCCCACCUCUUUCGGUCCACUGCUCUACACGCCCAGCCCCAAGCUGCAGAGGGCGCUGUUGACCUUUGUGUGCGUGCACGUCUUUGUCGGCUCAGACUGUGACAGCCAGAGCAGGGUCAGUGAAAACUCUCAAGUGGAGAAGCUGGAGGACCUUCACAAACGGAGAAAUGUGCUCGCAGCCUACUGCAAACUGAUAAUACACGGAGUGCUGGAGAUGAGCAUGGCAGCUGAGGUCUUCAUGUACUACAUGAAGUAUUACAAUGACUUUGGAGACAUCAUCAAGGAGACCAUGUAUCGCACCAGGCAGAUGGAUAAAAUAGAGAGUGCUCGCACACUGGUGCUCUGUUUGCAGCAGCUGUUUGUGCGACUUAAGCAGGAGCAAGAGCGCGGCGGCAGGCCUCACCCAGGAGUCCAGACUUUCACCAGCAUUAAAGAGCUAGCUAGGCGAUUCGCCCUCACCUUUGGGGACCUUGUCAAGUUUCGUGAGUGUGUCGUCCUGAUCCACAGGAACGGCAUCGAGUUUGUGUUCCAAGACUUUACUCAGACUCCAGACUCCUCUACACCACUGUACCUCUCCUACCUGACCAUCCUCAGCGAGUUCUCCAGCAAACUGCUCAAACCAGACAAGAAAGCAGUGUUCUCCUACCUUCAAAAACACACUGCUGAGCACAUUAUUGACCUCAGGGAGGAGUGCUGGCAGCCACUCAUCUACUAUCGCGCAUCCCUUUUUGCCUUAGCCGAGGGGGAGGACGCCGUAUCCUACGUAAGCUCGGACAGGAAGGCCAACCUGCCCAAUCGCUCACCCUUCUCCAAACAAAAAUGGGAAGGAAGCAAGUCCCCCUGUCUGUUUAGCCCUGGUGAAUCCAAAGUCAGCAAGGUGCGCAAACCGAGCUGCAACUCAAGCCAUCAGGAGAAAGCAGCUGAUACAGAUCCAUUUUCUGUCCCUCUGGAUCCUCCACCCAAAAGACUGCACGCUGAGGGAUCUGUAAUCUGUGUCACCAACGAGCCAGAUGAUGGUGAUGGCACCGUGGAGGUUGAGCUCUGAGUGUGAGGAGGUCGGGAGAAUCGGUGCUGCCGUCUACACGACGAGACCUCGACUGAUGUUUUACUUAUGAUGCACCUUGUUGCCAGUGUCCUCUGUGUGUGGACAGAAACUGGUGGUUUUUUUGUACAAUGAUCAUGCAGCAUGUCAUGUUUUCAGAAGGAUGUGAUCAGAAAGGAUAAAGGUGGCAAUAUUCUGCCAUGCAAAGACCAAAACCACAACAAAUGUGUUUUAAUCCACAGCUGAAAAUAGUUCCUUACAUUAUUACCAAUCACUGCUGUUUCAGUAAAGUUUCCCCAACAAUGGACUUCCCAGAUGUUUAAGAAAACAACUGAGGUUGUCUUACAAAAAAAAAAAAAGUAAUCCAAUUAGGGAUAAUUUAAAAAAAAGAUUGAACAUUUUCUGAAACUGUACAUGAGAUUUGAGUGGAGUGAUACAGACUGGGUGAGUCGGGGACCAGAAGCACAAAUUGUUGGUUUUGGCCUUUUAAUGGAAAAAUAAUGACCAACACCAGGAUUAAUCUGAUGUUAUGAUUUACAGACCACUUUAAUUUGAGGACCAUUUGUAUCAGUAUGUGCAUAGAUUUUUUUUCAAACAUACAGCUUUACUGUAAAAAAUACUUGAUUUUUUAAAAAUGACACUAAAUACUUUCUUUUAGUUUUCCUAUUGGACACAGGGUCAAUUAAGAAUUGUAGUUUUUAUUUUGAUACCUGCUACUUAUGUAUUUAAUAUCAAUUAAUGUAAAUUAAAAAAAAUAUUGCCUUCAAGUUAAUAAUAUAUUCUAUACUUGGAAUAAGUUAACAAGCACUUUGUUACUUUUUGAAACAGCUGUACACUUAUGUAUGGUUGUGCACAGAAAUAUUGGUUAGUCUGGUAAAUGGCACUCUCUUAUGACUAACAGUGCAAACACUUGAAAUGUGAUAUAGAUAAUUUUCAGCUGGCACAGAUACACUUACCAGCCAGUAUGUUAGCUACAUCUUUUUCACCACACGUUAAUUCAAAUUUCCAAAUCAGCAAUUCGGUGUGUGCAGGACCUGGACACGAUAACCUGCUGAAGUUCAAAUUGGGUAUCAGAAUGAGAAGGAUUGAAGUGACUUUGAGUGUGGCGUGGUUGUUGGUGCCAGACAGGCUGGUGUGAGCAUUAGCUGGUCUCUAUGGUUUACAGAUGGUCUGAAAAAGAUGAAAUAUCCAGUGAGUCACGGUUCUCUGCGCGAAACUUCCUUGUUGAUAUCAGAGGUCAGAAGAGAAUGACCACACUGCUUUGAAUAGGAAGGCAACAGUAACGCAAAUAACUUGUUAUAAUCAAGGUAUGCAGAAAAGCAUCUGUGAACAGCAGCAGAAGACCACUCCUGUCAGCUAAAAACUAGAAACUGAGAAAUUUGCACAACCUCCCCCAAACUGGACAACAGAUGGCUGGAAAAAUGUUUCCUUCAUAUAAAGUACAACACUGAACAUAACAAAAAGCAUUUCUUUACAUCACAGACCACAUUACACUGCACACUCGGUUUUCUUUAGUCUUCCAUUAACCAAGGCUUUAUUAUUAAUUUAAAGAAACACAAAACAUUUGAAAAUGGUUCCUUUUGUUCUGUCAAAGUAGUCAACUGAAGUACUCUGUGACAUAGAAAAAAAAGGUCUAAAAUACUUGCUCAAAUCACAUUUACAGCACAGCAAGCACAAAAUAAAUAUUUACAUUAAUUUAUAAAUUCAUCUCUAAUAAAUUAUAACCCCAUCUUGCACACACAUUAAAGUCAUAACGAAUAUAGGUCUGUACAACAGAUGCUGUGUGUGUGUGUGUGUGUGCCUGUGUUUGUGUCCAGAAGGCUUAACGGUGGCUUGUUUGGCAUUUACAGCAACCUCCAACUCCACUGACGAGUUUACAGCAAUAUAGAAAACGCUUCGUUGUGAUCACUGGAAUGUAAGAUUAGCCAAUAAGUUCGAUAUCUGAAUCCAAUCAGCAUGGUUUUUGUCCAAAAUACAAAACAAAACAAAAAAACCCCAAAACUCCCGGAGCUCCAGUGUGUGAUUUUUAUGUGACUGUGAUUUCACAACAUUCAUGUUUAGAUGAAACAAAACUUGCCCCAAACAUUAUUGAUGACCAACCAUUACAUGCAGAAAACAACUUGUUAAUGUGUGGGGAAGGAGCAAAGGUCUAACGUGUGUCACUCGUGACAUCUUGUCAGCCGGGCUGUUUACUGUAAGUGUGAAAAUGUAAAACGUCUGGUUCAGUAUUGAACUACUGUCUGUACUUUAAUGAUUUCUUUGUCAAAUCUGUGUCAGCAUGCACGUUUCUCCAUCUGUUUGCAGAAAAAAAUAUGGCACUCUGGCAGUGCUCGACUGCAUCUUUCUGGUUUACUCUGUUUGGUGAUGUUUGUCCACUAACCCAGGUGCAUGACUUGUGUCUCUGAGGGUGGAAGGUGCUCAGCAGCUACACUACAGGACCCAAAAAAAAAAAAAAAAAA